CGCUGGCCAGCGCAUCGCGCCGUUCAGUCACUCGUUCAGUGCGAGAUGAGAUCUCGUGGCUGAUGGACGUGCCCGUUUCCCACGCUCGCAGUGCAGCCUCAGCACCAGAAAACACUUGUGGCACCUCAGUUCAGUUAGCACCGCUUGUUGUUGUCCAGCAACCGUAUCACACUCAACAAAAUUCCAAACAAAUGUGCGCCUAAAAUCGUGUUAAAACCGCCUAAAGUUCAAGCAGCCAGCAACGGCCAAAACAUCAGCCAAAAAUAUGUGAAAACUCGAAAGAUCUAAGGGUGAAUACUCCAACAACGCACAACCUCACCCGCCAAAAAAAAAUCCGGCUACAAAAAACCUCCUAGCAACAUCAACUGGAAAAUUGCAAUAGACUUUUUCGAACAAGCCAGACACACACAAUCCUUCCCAUCCGUCACCCGUAACUCUGCAGAAAAUCCCUGGAAGACAGCCAAAGGAGGAGGAGUCGUAUAUAACAAAAACCUCAGCAACCAGCGGCUAGCGACGCAAUGCAAUCAUCGACCGAUGCGGGCAAUGGUGGACCAAGAAAAUACACGCCAGCACAGAGCACAGCCCAGCAGCAGCAGCAGCAGCAGUCGGAGAUUAGCGAGACCACCUCCUUCACCGUAAACGCCGGCAACAACCAACAGCAAUCACAUCCCCAGGGCGGCGGCGGCGGCGGCGGCGGCAGCAGCAACACCCCCAGCAAGAAUCCCUUCAAGCAACAGUUGGAAAGCAGCCAACAGAAUGGCAACAUGGACCAGGACUGCCCGGGUAUCCUGGGCGUCGGCAAGGAGCCGCCGGCACCGCCACCGCCCACGUAUCAGUCACAGUCCUAUGCCGGACGCCAGCCACCGCCGCCGGCGGAUCAGUACCGGCAAGAGGAUCCACGCGCUGCCGGGUCCUGGUCCGCCGCCAAGUCCUGGAUGGUCAGCUGGCGCGGCUCCAAUCGCCUGGUGCUCGUCAUCGUUGCCAUAGCCCUGCUCCUCGACAACAUGCUGCUGACCACAGUCGUGCCCAUCAUACCCGAGUUCCUGUACGACAUUCGACAUCCGGACGCGCCGCUCGACAGCUUCCCGAGAACACCGCUCACCUCCAACACGCCGCCACCGCCGACGCCGUGUCCUUGCAACAAGGAUGGCAGCGAGGCUGCACCGCUGGAGAUCUCCACGUUGAGUCCGGAGGAUAACGAGACCUACUACCGGGAGUUGGAGGAACGGCACAACGAGCUGGUGGGCGAGACCGUCGAGGUGGGCCUGCUGUUCGCCUCCAAGGCCUUUGUCCAGCUGCUGGUAAAUCCGAUUGUGGGUCCCCUGACGCACCGCAUUGGCUACAGCAUUCCCAUGUUUGCCGGCUUCGUGAUCAUGUUUCUCUCGACCAUCAUCUUCGCUUUUGGACGCUCUUACCUGGUCUUGUUCGUGGCAAGAGCCCUGCAGGGCAUUGGUUCAUCCUGCUCUUCGGUUUCCGGCAUGGGCAUGCUUGCGGAUCGCUUUACGGACGACAAGGAGCGUGGCAAUGCCAUGGGCAUAGCUUUGGGUGGCCUGGCUCUGGGUGUGCUCAUAGGUCCUCCAUUUGGUGGAGUAAUGUACGAGUUUGUGGGCAAAUCUGCUCCAUUUUUAAUCCUGGCAGCUCUGGCUUUGGGUGACGGUCUGCUGCAGCUGUUCAUGUUGCAGCCUUCGAUCCAGAAAGCCGAAUCGGAGCCACCUUCCCUGAAGAGCCUGAUCAGUGAUCCAUAUAUCCUGAUCGCUGCCGGUGCCAUUACCUUCGCCAACAUGGGCAUAGCAAUGCUGGAGCCAUCGCUGCCACUGUGGAUGGUGGAUAAUAUGGGUGCCACGCGGUGGGAGCAGGGCGUGGCCUUUCUGCCGGCCUCCAUUAGUUACCUGAUUGGCACGAAUCUGUUUGGACCACUGGGACACAAGAUAGGACGCUGGUUUGCCGCCUGCCUGGGCUUGGUUAUCAUUGGAGGAUGCUUGAUAUUUAUUCCCAUGGCCACCUCAAUCACUCAUCUGAUUAUCCCUAAUGCCGGUCUGGGUUUUGCCAUCGGCAUGGUGGACUCUUCGAUGAUGCCGGAACUGGGCUACCUGGUGGACAUUCGUCACUCGGCUGUCUAUGGCAGUGUGUAUGCCUUAGGCGAUGUGGCCUUCUGCGUGGGCUUUGCCGUGGGUCCAGCGCUCUCAGGAUCGCUGGUGAAGAGCAUCGGCUUCGAGUGGAUGCUGUUCGGAAUUGCCAUUCUCUGCUUCAUGUAUGCCCCGCUGCUGACACUGCUCAAGAAUCCGCCGACAAGCGAUGAGAAAAAGUCUUUGAUCUAUGGACGCGAUCGGGCCCAGGUACGUUAUGUCACCUACCAGAACUACGACGAGGACGAGUAAGCAAACGAUUUAACUCCAACGCAAUGUCGCCAAAAGAGCGGCCAAAAAUCCAAAAAAAGAAAAGUGUAAUGAAAACCACAAACAAAAAAAAAAGGAAAAGGCAGAAAGUAAUCGUAACCACAACCAACAAUAUCAGAAAUAUCAUAUGAAUCUCCAAGUGAAAUCGUUAUUCUUGUUCAAUGUUUGCACGCUAUAAAGUAGUGUCUAUACCUAUUUACCAUUGAUCAUAUCAAGAAAUCACCUCCCCCCGAAAGUCUAGCACACGUUACAAUCAAGCACCAAGAAAAACUAUAGGAAAACCAAGGAAAACCAAGGAAAACAGAGUGAAAAUAGGGCUCCGCCAUGAGGAGCCAGAGGUUCGAUGUGACGGGUAUGUCUCUAGUUAAAGUAGGAAGAGGAACAGGAU